AUGGCAGACAGCGGUAAACUGGCGCAGGCUCCGACAGGUCUGUCAAAAGCGCCUGUAUCAGCGCCUGUAAAGACGCCUGCGCGGACUACACAGGUGCAUUAUCCUUUCUGGUUUGGUGGUUCUGCUUCAUGUUUUGCUGCUGGGGUCCGCUUACAAACUCGCGCACCCGAUGCGCCACGAACUAUGAUAGGCACGUUUGGGCAUAUCGUAAAACAUAAUGGAAUUAAGGGUUUAUACAGCGGUCUUUCCGCUGCCAUUUUACGUCAAAUGACAUACUCCACUACACGAUUCGGUAUAUACGAAGAACUGAAAACACACUUUGCCAAGCCCUCCAACUCUUCUUCCUCCUCUCCGGGGGCGCUGACCCUUAUCGGCAUGGCCUCUGUCUCUGGAUUCAUUGGAGGGGUGGCCGGAAAUCCUGCCGACGUACUCAAUGUGCGUAUGCAGUCCGAUGCUGCCCUCCCUAUCGAGAAACGCCGCAACUACAGGCAUGCUUUCCACGGGCUUGUGGAGAUGACAAAGACAGAAGGAGUGGGCUCGUUGUUCCGAGGAGUAUGGCCAAACUCAACCCGUGCAGUGCUCAUGACUGCCUCACAAUUAGCCUCUUACGACAGCUUCAAGCGCUUGUGCAUCGAGAAAGCCGGCAUGAAAGAUAACCUCACGACGCAUUUCACGGCGUCCUUCCUGGCUGGAUUCGUUGCAACGACAGUAUGCAGCCCGGUCGAUGUCAUCAAGACUCGCAUCAUGAGCGCGUCGCCUGCUGAGGCCCGGGGCCAUAGCAUUGCAGGCCUCUUGCGUGAUAUCUACCGCAAGGAAGGUCUUGCUUGGACGUUCCGUGGCUGGGUUCCCAGCUUUAUCCGUCUAGGUCCCCACACUAUCGCCACUUUCUUGUUCCUCGAGGAACACAAGAAGCUCUACCGCAAGCUCAAGGGUAUCUAG